UUGCUCUUGUAUUAUUUGGGCCACAAUACGCCGAUAGUCUCGUUAUCCGAAAGAAAUAACGUCAAUCUCACGGAACGAUCUUCUGGUCGGAGGCAGUUUCUUUACGAACUUCAUCGACUUCAUUUUUGACGGACUCUACACGGAACCACAUUUUUGUUUGACAGUAUCCAAGUAGCUCCACCAGUUUCACGCCGCUCGUCGAGCUAGAAUCUUAUACUACUCAAGAUGAUGUGGGAUUUACGACAAGACAGGGAAGGAGGAGGACCACCGCCGCCGAUCGUCACGGCGGCCAGUCAUCAUAGUCAUCAUGGCCCGCCUUCCCCGAUUAUGCCUAUGCCUUCACCACAAGACUUUACACAACCCCCGGAGCUCGUGCAGCGCCCUCCGAGCGCCACACCGUACGGUUCUGUCCCCUUUCCUACUUCGCCCUCGUAUGCUGGGUAUCCCGGUUCUGCUACGGGACAAUACAUGCCCACACCAGCAAAUCCUAUAACUCCCACGGGUGCUCCAGUGGGCUACUCCCGCUCCCGAAGCAACUCCUAUAACCCCGGUGUUAACGUUGGUGUCAGCGGAGGUGCUUAUCCUCCUCGAGAACGCCACACGUCUCACUCAUCCAAUUAUGAUAAUGGAGGUUAUCCGGACUACGAGAGAGGCCGGCAUGAUUCAUAUCGAAGAAGUCGUCACAAUUCCUAUAACGGAGGUCAUGGUGGCGCGUAUGAUGAUGGCAGGCCACGUUCAAGGUCGAGACAUCAUUCGCAGUCGCAUUCCCAUGGGAGGACGAGGAGUCGAGCGAAUUCGUAUAACAAUUUGUCAAGUGGACAGCCGCUGGUGUCCCCGGGUAUGACGUCUUAUCCCUCUGCACCCGUCCCCGCAGUCUACAAUGCCUCCGUCCCAUCCUCCUCCUCCCACCACUCACACUCCCACCCCAACCGUCCGAUCCCCCACGCGCGCUCCUACUCCGGUGAUGCCCCUUACACCUCAGGAGGUGUCUACGGCGACGCUUGGGAUAUGCGUACGCUCGCGAGUCAACUUGGACCGCCUACGGCCACUUCGGCUACUGGUAUGGCUGUGAGAUCGCCUGUCGGGUGGGAUAGAGAUGCGGACGUUCCGGGUGUGGGGGUGCAGUAUCAUUCUACUAGGGAUGUUGGGGACGAUGGCUGGAGGGCGGAGGAGAGGGAUAGGGGCGUUUUGAUUAAGCAUUCGAGGCAUCAGCAUACGAGCAGCCACCAUCACCAACCCCAUCACACUAGCGGUGGGAGUGGUGGAGGGCAUCAUCAUAGCCAGAGUUAUGGUGGAGAUGGACGGUAUGGUGAUGGGAGGUAUGCGAGUGGAGGGUAUGGAGGUGGACAUUCGGGUGAAGGGAAACAUGUAGCGUAUGGGGAUAGGUCGGGACAGCACCCUGAUUUUUGUUAUUCCAAAUGUUCCGGGAGGAAGAAGGCUCUUUGUAUCGGGAUCAACUACAACGGAAGUAGGAAUGAGUUGAAGGGAUGCGUGAACGACGCGAAGAGCGUGUAUCAUUUCCUCGUUAAUUACCACCACUACAAACCUGGCGACAUCGUCUUCCUCUCCGACGAGGCCCGCGACCCGCGUUCACAGCCGACUAGGAAGAACAUGAUUAAUGCGAUGAGGUGGUUGGUCCAGGGAGCGAAAAAGCACGAUGCCCUGUUUUUUCAUUACUCAGGACACGGAGCACAGACGAAGGAUAAAGAUGGGGACGAGGUUGACGGGUACGAUGAAGUUAUCUUCCCGGUGGACUUCAAACAGGCGGGCAUAAUCACGGACGAUGAAUUACACGAUGUGAUGGUGUCUAACCUCCAGCCUGGUGUGCGAUUGACGGCCGUGUUCGACUCAUGUCAUUCCGGCUCCGUACUGGACCUUCCCUUCUUAUAUCAUUCUGACGGGCGCCUACGACACAGCGAUGUCACCGCGCGAUUCAGGAAACUCAAGGCUACCCCUGCUGAUGUUAUUACCUGGAGCGGGUGUAAGGACUCUGAGACGAGUGCAGAUACGUACCAAGGAGGCUUGGCGGUUGGUGCGAUGAGCUACGCAUUCAUCAAGAUUCUGAAAGCCAACCAGAAUAUAUCUUACGAGCAUCUGUUGCAAGGUCUUCGAGAAAUCUUGAAGAGCAAGUAUAAGCAGAAACCGCAGCUUUCUUCGUCUCAUAGAAUCGACACCCAUCUGAAGUUCGUUAUGUGAUCCUGGGAGUGUGUGUAGGUGUAAGAUGUCGAUGUUGUAGCAAGAAGUUACUCGGAGACUUUGUUGUUCUCGCCUCUCUUUGACGUGUGUAACUUUUUGGCGAAUUCUUGUUGUGAACUGUUCGCUGUACGACGCCUGUUCGUCGUUGUAUGUGCACUACCCCUAGUGUAUCCUAUCAUCUUGUUUUGAAUACUUUACCUCAGGCACAAAUAUUCUAUCUUUGUAGCAGUAGACCUAGCAUUCCUACGUGUCACUCCAUUCCUUUCAGGAUCACUAUCGUAUUCAGUCGUUUUAUGAAUGUAAGUUAUGUGAUUUUUUGUAUCCCCAAGUUCUCUUCCAUGAGAAGACUUUCUAGAUCAC